AUUGUAAGGGGUUACAUUUAGCUGGCCGUGGGUUGUAGUACGCGGCGUUCGGGAUAGGGGGCUAUAGUACCUUCAUGCAUGGCCCAUAAAGGAUUCGUCGACUAUCCGAGAAGUACGCAAGAAACGGCUUCUAACACCUGACAGAGGGGCCACGGCUCUUCUCUUCUCUCUCUCCUCGCAGUGGUGCGCCGUUCCAUCGGCUGCUGGCUGCCGUCGUCGCUGCCGUCGCUGCCGUCGCCGUCGCUGUCGCCGUCGCCGUCGCCGUCGCCGUCGUCGUCGCCGUCGUCGUCGUCGUCGUCGCGCUCGUCAUCGUCAUCGGGCCUGCCAACAAUUCCGUGAACGAGAAGAGUGAACGCGCGCGCAAAUGAGUCCGUGAAUAUCUCGGAGAUGGAUCGACGGUGAGAUGAUCGGUUCGCAAUAGUCGUGAUCGGCCUUAGCUCGCUCGUUAGCUCGUUAGCUCGUUCGCUCGUUCGCUCGCUCGCUCGCGCGCGCGCGCGCUAUUUUCGCGGUUUUUAUUAUCCCGUCUGAUACUUGUGACAAGAGAAAGAAAUGUGUUGGCUUGUUGUCUGAGUGACGAUAGAUAGAUGUGAAGGAUAGUCUUGGAGGGAGGAGGAAGAGGAGGAAGAGGAAGGGUAUAUAAUAAUUGUCGAUAGAAUUAAAGAGUGAUAGAGGAGUUGGAAAUAGAUAUAAGAGGAAGAGGAAGAAUCAAAAGCAAGAGGAAUAAGAAGAAGAAGAAGAGGAAGAGAAAGAAGAGAGAGCAAAGAGCAAUGACGAGGCAUCCGCCGGCGCGGAGGACGGCACGAGGCUGCCGGCGCUGAGGACGUCGGCACGGAGGACGUCCGAGCGAGGGCCGACGCCGGACGAGGAGGGAUCGCGGCGAUAGGGCUCGAUCGCUCAUCGGCCAGGCGAUAUGAGUUCGAAAUUCAUAAUCGAUAGUAUGCUACCAAAGUAUCAUCAGCAGUUCCAUCACCAACAACUGUUCACUAGCACGAAUCCCGGUACGAUACAGGCCUGUACCGCUGCGAGCAGUCCGGCGAGCGCGGCUGCGAGCUUAGAAUCAAGCCUAUCCGCGGCUGCGGUCGCGGCCGCGGCAGUAAAUUACGCACAGCAGCACAAUUCGCCGAGUCCGACGGGCUCGAGCCCUCAACACUCGGGUAGUUCGGCCUCGACCUCGCCGGCGGCCCGCACCGCAUCAAGCAUGUAUCCUUACGUUUCGGCCGCGGCCGCGCACCAUCAUCAUCAGCAACAACAAGCGGUCGCGGCGGCCGCGUUCGGUGCGACUUCCAGCAUGGUUCCUGGAUUCGGUUCGAGCGCGGCCGCAGCCUCCAGCGCUGCCCUCGCCGCGGCAGCGGCCGUCGACGCCGCAACAGCCGGUGACAAAUCUUGCCGUUACACCGCCAGCCUUGCUGGAAAUGUCGCACCAACAUCGGCCGACCCUAUGGUCAACUAUACCCUCGGCCAUCAUCAUCAAAACGGUGCUACCCCUGGUAGCCUCGUCUCUUCCGCCUCGGCUUCCUCCGCCGUAUCGGCCGCUUCCGCAUCUAUGGCCGCGGCGGCACAGUUCUAUCAUCAGGCCGCCGCGGCCUCGGCCGUCGUCGACCCUCUCACCUCCUGCCAGCAGCCUACCACCGGUCAACCUGGUAUCUCGGACAUUCCUCGCUACCCCUGGAUGUCCAUCACAGAUUGGAUGAGCCCCUUUGACAGAGUCGUAUGCGACGAUCGUAAUUAUUAUUUUCCAGGUCCAAACGGUUGUCCGAGGCGCCGUGGCAGACAAACGUACACGCGGUUUCAAACGUUGGAGCUCGAGAAGGAGUUCCACUUCAACCACUACCUAACGCGACGGCGGCGAAUAGAAAUCGCGCAUGCCCUCUGUCUGACGGAAAGACAGAUUAAAAUCUGGUUUCAGAAUCGCCGAAUGAAGCUGAAAAAGGAACUGAGGGCGGUAAAGGAGAUCAACGAGCAGGCGAGACGAGAACGAGAGGAGCAAGACAUGAUGAAGAAGCAGCAGGCAGAGAAGCAGGCGAAGAUGCAGCAGGAGCAACAAAAUGCUGCUCUACAGCAUCAACAGCAGCAUCAUGUAAGCGGUCUGGACAAGUCGCAGAGCGAUCUACUCAAGGCGGUUAGUAAGGUGCCAACAUAGGAGACCUUGCUGAACCGACUCUCUUUCUUUUAAAGGAAGAAACUAGAGACUGAAGCGACCUGGACGGAUACGCCUACGAAAACGAGCGGACGGCUGGUAAGCGGACGGCUUCUUCCUCGCCUUCCUCCUCACCCUCCAUUAUAACCACCUUCUAUUCCUCAAACUUCUUCACCGCUUCGUUAAGAGGAAGGAACAAUGAAGGAAGGAAAGAAGGAAGCUUGACUAUGGAUCCUGCGACACCGAGAGCGUAGCACGAACAAGAAGAUAGGAUUCGCCUGGUCGGGUAUAUCCUUUUUCGAUCCUCUUUUCCCUCUUAUUCCUCUCUUAGCUACUUAUAUUCUUAUUAUUCCACCUUCAUAUUCCUUCGAUCAUACCCCAAAACCAACGAGGAAAGGCAGCGAGGUAGACGUUUCGCUAACAUAGUAGAAAUAUCGAAAAACGCAUCGAAGUCUCGAUUCACAUGUACUUACUUACUUACUCGAUGACCGGCCACCAAGCUUCCCUCCGCAAAUAAGGAGAAUGGCGAUCGGGAUACCGGCUGGUCUCUGACUGAUUCCUAGAACGUAUAACGUGUAUUUGUUAAAUCGGCGAGCGUGAUCGACGGAAAUAAAGGAUGACGGCCUUCCUCAAGAGGACGAAAAUAUGUAAUGGCUCCCAAACAAAGCCGAUACUCGGUGAGACGCGAAAGAGAAAGUGGUGGGGGUUGGGGAAUGACAAAAGGGUCGAUCGAGAAAACAGAGAGAGUGAGAGAAAGAGAGAGAGAGAAGGAGAGAGGAAAGAGCGAGAGAGAUAAACGAAAGUUUUCGACUCGAAAGGAACGAUUAGGCUUUGACCUUCGUAUAUCGAACAGAGCACACGAAACUGCCAUCGGAGGUCGACCGAACGCUCAUUUUCGACGUGCUCCAUGUUUAUACUUGGCUAAACGCUAAAAGGUUAGAGAGGAUAUUUCUCUACGACCUCUCUCAUUCUCUCUCUGCCCUUCGGAUAGAUCGCAGCGAGGAAGUCGGAGCAACGAACGUAGCGCUUGCGAAAAUUUUCGACAGCUCGCUAACGCUUCUCUACUUCCGGUAUUCGUUAGGUAUUAUUAUUAUUAUUAUUAUUAUUAUUAAAUAUUAAUUAUUAAUUAUUAUUAUUAUUAUUAUUAUUAUUAUUAUUAUUAUUAUUAUUAUUAUUUUGCGUCUUUCAAAAAGAUUUCUUCGUUUGUUGCUCGUCACAGAAUGAUUCGAUCAAUCACGAUAGAUUCUCGCUAUUGUUGUUUCGGAGCUCGCUUUUGCGUAUUAUAUAUCUACACAUAUAUGUAUACAUAUAUGUAUAGAUAUAUAUACACGCUUUUCUUUCUUUCCUUUUUUCUCAACGACGGCGAAGAGAAAAGAGAGAGGAGAAAAAAAUAUAUGCAGGAUAAAUACGAAUGGGACGACGACGACGUCGAAGACGCGCGCGGCGGAAGGAACGCGACAGACGACUCGGCAGCUACUAUUGACGUUAAUAAUAAUAUCAUUAUUAUUAUUAUUAUUAUUAUUAAUUAUUUUUAAUUAUUAUUAAUUAUUAUUAUUAUUAUUAUAAAUAUUAUAAUUAUUAUCAUUAUUAUAGUUAUCAUUAUUAUUAUUAUUAUUAUUAUUAUUAUUAUUAUUAUUAUAAUUAUUGUUGUGCCGUUCACAAUAUUGUUUCUCGAUGAAGACGAGGUCUCGUCGAAAAAUUUUUAUUUUUUUACGAGCAUCGCAUCGAAGGUCGUUAAAUUUUCUAUAGAAAUUGUUAGAUUUCUUCUUAUUAUUUUUCUUUUUAUUCGAGUUAUCAUGCGUUAGAAAUGUUAUCGGCUCUUCGAACAUGUCGUUCGUUUGAAGUCGAGAAAUCUUUAUUUUAGUUACGCGACUUGUAAGCGUUGAGAGAUUUUUAUUGGAUGAAACAACAAGAACCGGUAAUUCUUGCCACAUCGCGAACGAUAUCGGUAUAUUUACGUGCGAGAUAGUUAUCUGCGAAAGCGGGAUGCUAUUUUUUUUAAUAAUUUUUUUUCUCUUUUAUUUUUUUCUUAAUUUUAUUCUUUAUUAUUUUAUUUUAUUUUCUUUCCCAUUUGUAAUUCUAUUAAACGUUGUGAAACAUUGAAAAUUUAUAUGAUUUUCUAUGCGUUCGAACGGUUGAUCGGUCGGUCGGUGCAAUGUCGUUCGGCUUUUUUGCUAUUUUUCGCGUUCCUUCUAUUUUCGAAAUCUUCGGCUUCUUCUUUUCCGCAAAACCGACAUGAACUCGAACCGAUACUGAAACAAAUAUGUAAGGUUGAAAACAAUUAUAACGACAAAAAAAAGAAAAGAAAGAAAAAGAAGAAAAAAGAAAAAAAGAAAAGAAAAAAGAAGGCGCGCACAUGCACCGUAAAAGAAUAUACGGAGCAAGCAAGCAAGUAAGAAGAAUCUCACCGGACGAGUAUCUCACUCUUAGUACAUUAAAUACGUAAUUUGGUGUCAGGGUAGACCUUUCCAUAGAUAUAGAAUCCCGUUGUUGGUAUUACAUACUUAACAAUUAGAUUAUUCGUAAAGAAGCGAGAAAACGUUAUGCGAAUGGGAACGAGCGAACAAGCAAGCGAGCGAGCGUGCGAAUGAGCGAGAGAGAGAGAGAGAAAGAGAGAGAGCGAAAGAGAGAGAGAGAGAGAGAGAGAGAGAGAAAGAGAGAGAGAGAGAGAGAAUGAGAGAAUGCGAAAUAGAGACAGCAUUAAGCGAAAUUAAGCAACUUGGAAUUAUAUAGUAUAAAAAUUAAUGCAUAUUAUUUUUCUCUCAUCCUCCUCGAGCCCCAGUGCCGCUUGCUAUACUCAAAUCCUGACCGCGAUUCGUAUUUACUUUAUCUAUCGAUCGCCCCCGUAGUAUAGCAAAAGUAUAGCAUACAGAUUUUUAAAGAUGUGACGCGAUCAUAGGUGUAUGUUUCGGAGACAUUUUAACAAAAAGAAGUAAAGAUAAUCGUCCGAUUUGGAGUAUGUAUAUAUAUAUGCAUAUAUGUAUGUAUGUAUGUAUGUAUGUAUGUAUACAUAUAAUAUCUAUAUUUAUUACGAUGCCAUUAAAACUAUUACGAAUCGUGGAAGAGUCAAUGAUAUACGUAAAGUUGUAGAAAAAGAGAAAGAUGGUGAAAUACUAUAGAAACACGCAUACGCGUAAUUGCAUACCGCCAUAUUUACGUAAAUAUACGUACAUUAAAAAAAAAGCUAACAGAAAAAUCUCUUCGAAAGUCAGGAUGUAUCGUACGCGGCGCAUUGUAAGAAAUGAUAACAACGUAAAGCCAUAUUGUACACAGUACCGUAUUAUAUAUAAAAAUAUAUAUUAUAUUAAAAGUAAUAGGUAUGUUAUUAUAUAUAUAUAUAUAUGAAGAAAGAAACCGAAGAAACCUAUCAGACACACCUAAACACAUACCUAUAUAAAUACACACCAAGAAAUUUUGAUAGAGUGAUAACGUUUUAGAAUACGUAUAUAUGAAAUGUACGUAAUUAAAAAAUAAUAACGCGAGCGUUAAUAAUUCGACGAACCGUACGAAUGGAUGUUGAAAAAUAAAAAUAAAAUUAACGAGGCCGAAAACCGGCUGGCGACUCUUUAACGAAAAAAAGAAGAACAAAGAUGAGAACGAGGAAAAGAAAGCGAGAAGAUAUUAAAAAAAAGAAACGAAAAAGGGAAAACGAACAGACAUCCGUAUCGAAGGCGAAAAAUAUCCAUUCACAUACAGAGGAUAACGGAGGUGAGGCCGCGUUUUUAUUACUACUCUACCGCUGAUUAUCUUAAAGCUAAACUAAUAAUUAUAAAUACUAUCUUGUACGUAACGUUUAACGAUUAAGCUUGCGCAUGCGAGUUCGUGAAGACGAUGUUACUUCUCAGACGAUGAAAAUAUCUCUCCGCGCAUAGCGAAACGCGCAUACCGCAAUCCGUAAAGAGAGAAAGAAAAAAAAUAAAGAAACAGAAAAAGAAAGAGAGAGAGAGAGAGAAAGAGAAAGAAAGAAAGAAAGAAACAGAUAGAUACGUAGAAAGAUUCAAAUACAUAGGCUGGGCGUAUGCGUAUGUAAAUAAAUGGAUAAAAAAAAAGGAAAACAAAAAGAAACACAGAGAGAGAGAGAGAGAGAGAGAGAGAGAGAGAGAGAGAGAGAGAGAGAGAGAGAGAGAAAUGUAAAAUAUGCGCGUAUUGAGAAUAUGCAUGGGCGUCGACUAGAUUGGAUUUCUCGAUGGAAAAUCGUUCGAGCUAGUCUAUCCUUCUGCUAAUCCUUACUUUUUCUUUACGUUUUACGUAACGUUACCGAACGAGUGAAAGCUGUAUCGUGGCGCGUAGAAAAAGAAGAUAAAAACAGAAAAAAAGAAAGAAAGAAAGAAAGAAAGAAAGAAAGAAAGAAAGAAAGAAUAAAGAAAAAGGUUCGAACGAAUUCCAAGGGGAAUCUUCAAGGUCGGUCACGGCGUUCCUCCUCUUUCGCGCAUCCUCAACGCACAUAAAUAAACCAAUUACUCAUGUACGUAGUCGUAUAUCGGUUCCGCGCAAGCCACCACUACCAAGCUACCCUUGAUUAUCAACAUCUAUCCCUCUUUAAAUCGACUCGAGUCGAUAUAAAGAGGAUACGGCGCUUUUUUACGUAUUUCGAUUAUUUAUUUCGCAUAGGGCCGCUACAUAUUAGAAUCCUUUUGUUUCUUCCGUCGUCUACCGUCAGAGAAAAGAAUAGAGAUGGAAAUAGAUAGAUAGAUAGAUAGAGAGAGAGAGAGAGAGAGAGAGAGAGAGAGAGAGAGUGAGAGAGUGAGAGGGAGGGAGAGAGGGAGUAAAAAUAUUGUUAAAAGGAAGCAAACGAGUCGAUGUGAAAGAACGUACGCGACGUUAUUGUAUCUAUGUGUAGAAAAGCUUUACAUACUUACGACUUAUUAUUGACUAUUAUUAUUAUUAUUAUAUAUUAUAAUUAUUAAUUAUUAUUAUUAUUAUUAUUACUAUUAUUAUUAUUUUUAUCAUUAUUAAUUAUUAUUAUUAUUAUUAUUAAUAUUAUUAUUAUUAUUAUUAUUAUCAUUAUCGUUAUUAUCGUCAUUAUCAUAAUCAUCAUAAUCAUCAGCAUCAUCAUUAUCAUAGUUACGUUUUCACGUUAUAAACCGAUUAGUAUCGUUAAAUUCUUGAUAACGCUCAGCAGGAAGUAACUGCGGCAGCGGCGCCGAUACGUCCGACAAAUUAGGGAUAUACGUAAUAACGCGUAACGAUAUAUAUAUAUAGUUAUUAUUAUUAUUAUUAUUCUAAUGAUAAUUAGCACGAAAAAUUUGUACAGAUAAAUGGAGGCGAAAUAUCCUGACCGCGGUCACGAUAGUUUCUACUUAUUACAAUUAAGUCUCUUAAUCGUUAUUAGCCGUAGCGAUAAUAUCGGUACAUAGAUACAUACAUAUACGUGCGAGAGAAGAACGAAAAAAAUGAAGGAACGAUAAGAAGGAUAAGAAGAAUAAAGAAGGAGAGAGGAGACGACGGUGCUGACAAUGGCGCCUUCGGUUUGGUUACGACGAUCGAUUUUGAGAGUAGUACCGACGAAUGAGUGGAAGUGUUCUCUUUUCUCUUCUUUAUUUUUGUAUAAGUGUGUGCGCGUGUGCGCACAUGAUUGUGUGUGUGCGUUCGUAAGUAUGUAUGUGUGUGUGUGUGUGUGUGUGUGUGUAUUUUCUUCGUUCCUUAACGUUCGUUCGACACACAUGCUCGCUUUAAUACGUUCUCCGUCCUUGUUUGAAAAUUUUCAACGAAGCUUAUCAUUGAAAACACUCCACGUAAAGGCGUUUGAGUCUCAUCGAUCUUUCGUCUCAUUCUCAAAUCCUUCUUUGGUUAUCGCUAACCUUCGUAUCGGUAGAGGAGAGAAGAGAUAUAGGAAGGAAACUUUAGGUUACAAAAAAAAAAGGAAAAAAAAGGAAAGAAAAGAAAGAAAAAAAAACGUGCGCGCGCCGUCCACUUGCAAAGAAUAAUGAAAGAUAAAUAAAAUAAAGUAAAAUAAAGUAAAAUAAAAUAAAAUAAAGGAAAAGAAAAAAAAGAAAAUAAUAAUAAUAAUAAUAAUAAUAAUAAUAAUAAUAAUAAUAAUUAAAAAGUAAAAAAAAAGAAAGAAAGAAGGAAAGAAAGGAUUCAAACGAAAAAGAUACGAAAGCGAUUUUCUUUCUUCUCGGCUUACCUCUAAGUGAAUAACGGCGACUAUUUGAAGGAAAAAGGAAAAAAAAAAAAAGGAAAAAUACGAUAUAGAGAAUAUUAUUAAUUCCAAGUAACUGGCGCGUAAUCAUAUCAUGUGUAUCACCUUCAUAAUGCUUCCUCACGGCCGUCUCCGGACCCUCUCCGAACCCUCUCCGAGAGAACACUCACAUAGACCUCUCAUCCCUUCGCCUUUUUCGAUCUCAUCCCGCUUCCUUUUUGCCACUUGUCCCCCUAUUCCUCUUAUCGUAGAUGUAUUACGUUCGGAUUCGAGCAUUAUUCAUUUAAGUAUAUAUAUGUAGUUUAUACUAAAAGAAAAUAAAAAAAAAGAAGUGUCCAUAGAGAGAGAAAGAGAGAGAGAGAGAGAGAGAGAGAGAGAGAGAGAGAGAGAGAGAGAACGUGUGUGAGUAUAUGUGUAUCCAUGUAUGUGUGUAUGAAAGAGAGAGAGAGAGAGAAAGAGAAGUGUCAAACGAAUAAGCGACUAAAAUUUAGUAGUACAACUUGCCCGACUUGCCAAACUCUCGUAAAGAAAAAGAAAAAAAAAACGAAAAGAACACGUACAUAGAUAGAUAAGAGUCGCUCGAAAACGGAGAGACACGUAUCUUCAUAUUUUUUUUUAUUAUUUUUUUUUUCUUGAUUUCUUUUCUUCCCUCCUUGUUUCUCUUUGUUUUGUUUUGUUUUAUUUUCUUUUCUUUUUCCGUAUUUCUCACUUUUUCAAACGACAUUUCUUUUACGAAUCCUCCCUCGUCCCAGAAUUCGCAUUGUCUCCCACCCAACAACCCACACGUCCUAAAUCCAGGAGCCUUGCUUCUCGCACAGAGGACUUCUCUAUAUCCGAAUUAAGAGUUACAAAAAAUGGGGAAGAAGAAACUUAGAAGAGAGUGUAGUGCGUUGUCUCGUGCGUUGGUUAAAUCGACGAGCUCAUUUAACACGCUGGCGAGCGAGUGAUUUGUAAGUGCGAGCGUUGCUUCGAGGAUAUAAAUUGGCCGUUUUAUGCGUGUGCAUUUGUGUAAGUACGUGCGAAUGAAGUGUAAGAAAGAGAGAGAGAGAGAGAGAGAGAGAGAGAGAGAGAGACAGGGACACAGACAGAAAGAGAGGGAAAAAACAUUGUUGUAGUAUGCGUGAAUGAGGAUACGUGCGUCGUCGUACAGAGUCUCUUUAAAGCGAGUCCACGAAAGAAGUAAACAAAAAGCGUUUAAAAAAUGCACUAUGUUUAGAAUUUAUUUUUGGCAUUGAAAUUUAUUAUCUAUUAAAAAACGAAUAUUUACUAUUAUUAUUAAUAAGGCGUUCGAAUCCAUUAGGCAGGAUCGAGUUAAAAAUUGUUUGUUAUAUAAUAUGUUCUUUUUUACACUAUAUAGAUAUUGUCAUUGUUUAUUUAUGAACUGUUUAUUUUGCGUACUACUUUUCUUCGUACUUGUUUUUGUUGAUAUGAAAAGAGAGAGAGAGAGAGAGAGAGAGAGGAAAAAAGAAUGGAGAAAUGUGAAUGAAUGUAUAAGAGAAAAAGAAAGGGAUAGAGAGUGAUAAAAAGAGAUAGAGAGUGAUAGAGAUACGGAGACAUUUUUUUUUAUAUAAUGACAUAAUGUGACUAUCGCUUAAUCAGCGUUUGUAUUUUUAAAAACAUAUAUUAUGUACAUGUCCUCUUAAAGUUGUGAACCUUGAAUGGGGAGAGUCGGGAUCGUCGCGUAUCGUGAAUAUAUUUUUGUCCUUCUUUUCUUAAUGGAACUUUGUAAAGAAAAAUGAAUGAGUAAUAUUUGGAUUUAUUAAAAUAAUCGCAAUACGAAACGACCCCCUUCUCUUUUUUCGUACGACUGGUUGUAAUAUAGAUAGUUUCUACUUACUUUUUGCUUCCUUCUGCUCUCGCAUAUCGAUGAAUCGUAUUAUCGAGUCGAACGAUACACGAUAAAUAUAUAUAUAUUUUUUUUUUGGUUUAACUUACGAUCACAGGAAGCGUUGUUGAAAAAGAGUAGAGAUAUUAAUUUGAAUCCGUAAUUAGUUUAAUACGUGAUUUCAAGUUUGUUUCGUUUUUAUUUGAUUUUAUAUCCCGGCCAAAUUGUUUAAAUAAUUUCUUUAUGACAAAUUCGACACUUCGUUUCUAAACACUAUUUCUUGUGUUUUAUUAGUUCGUACGUAUCUACAUAUGUAUGUAUAUACGUCUACGAUAACGUUGUAUAUACCGUUAUAUAUAACUACUUUAUAUCUUUAUAACGAUUUGGCAUAAUCUCGAUCAUAGUUCUUAUGUGUAUAUGAUAUAUACGUGUUUUUUUUUUUUUUAUCUUUUUGUACAAUAAGAAAGAAUCACACGAUCGUGUUGUUUCGUUUCUCGUUGAAACUCUCGUUUCGCGAUGAGCUUUGGCGUUAUUAACAAUAGAUAUAUGAAAGAGUCCGUGUUUUUCUUUGUCUUUGAUUAUUUUUUUUCUCUUUUUUAUUAUGUCAUAGAUUUAUAACGUUUCUCUUAGAGACUCAACUACAUUUUUAAGUUUUUUUUUUUUUCUUAGUAGAAUUAUUUGUUUGUUGUUUUCGAUAUUAUAUGCGAUGAAAAAAAUGAAAAAAAGAGUGAACAGAUUAUUAGUGGCUCGCGUUAGUAGUGUUUCAUUUAUUUUCUUCCUUUUUUCUAAAAAAAAAAAAAAAAUCGAAAAAAAGACGAAACAAAACGAACAAAAAAAGAAAACACAAAAAAAGAGAUAAACUAACGCGAGACCAAAAACAUGCCGGGCCUGUGCAUAUGUAUCUUCCCCUCGAACCCUUUCGUCCUAAAGUCCCUUUUUUUUCUUUUUACACGAAAAAAAGGAACAAUAGGACUGUAAAACGUGACAAAACAAAAGACUCAUUUUCGAAAGACCGACGAUCAGUAUGAUCGCGCGUUUCGUUCUUGCGAGCAAACGAGAAGACGCGACACGUAGGAAGGAAAUUGAAUGAAAAAUAAAAAAGAAAAGCGAAAAGAGAAAAGAAACAAAAAAAACAACAUGAAUCAAAUGAAGAAAAUGUGAAAAUUAUAAUAGUCUGUCUCGCUGUACAAUGCGUUUGCGAUGCAACGAAAAAAUUGAGUGAACUUAAUCUAUGACUUGCGUAUUAUCGUCUUGCUGUACCUAUUAAGCCAAAUGGAAGCCAUUGGUAUUAUUUGAAGAAACUCUCGAUGUAAAUAUUGAUACGUUGCGUGAAAACUAAAAGGGUUUGACAACAUCUUCCUCCCCCCUACCAUCUGAUGAACGAAGGUCCUCCAGGAUCGGCGAUCAUCGGUAAAAGAAAACAAGAGAGAGAGAGAGAGAGAGAGAGAGAGAGAGAGAAAGAGAGAAUGAGAGAGAGAAAGAGAGAGAGAUUGAGAGAGAGUGAAAGAGAGAGAGAGAGAGAGAGAGAGAAAGAGAGAAAUGGAUUAAUGAUAAUUAGUAAGACACUGACACACACAUUCACUCAUAAACAUACAUAAUACACGUACACAGCGAUCCGCGCUUCUAAACGCGUGCCGGUGAAUUAAAACCUAAUUAAUAUAUAACUAUAACGAUUAAAAAAAAAAAGUGCGUAGCUGUCCUUCAAUACCUACCUACCAUGUUAAGUAAUAAAAGUAACGAAAUAAUGAAGUCUCAUGUCUACUGACUAUUAAAGAUUAGUAUUAUACCGUACGAUGAAAGAUUAAUAAUAAUGAUAAUAUAAUUAUAUUAAUAAUAAUGAAUAAUAAUAAUAAUAAUAAUAAUAAAUAAUAAAAUAAUAAUAAUAAUAAUUAAUAAUAAUUAAUAAUAAUAAUAAUUAAUAAUAAAUAAUAAUAAUGAUAAACAAAAACCGAACGGAGAUGGCGAGAUUGAUGACGAUUACGUCUACGACGGGUGAGGAAGUAAUCCAUUGACAAUGAAUGUAAAUGUAUCCAUUUUCGAAACUUGAUGUAGAAUUAUACUCAUAAGCUAUAUCUAUGAUAUACAAACGAAAUAAAAACACAUAGUAAAUUAUGGUAGA